AUGCCCCGGCUCUUCCCAGAAGGCAGUGCGCGCGCUGCGCCGUAUAAAGCGGCGGCGCUGCUGACUUGCGCGCACACGAGGCCUGUCCAGCCUCCGCAGCAGAGACCCGUCUCCGAGAUGACAGCGACGAGGCUAGCUUGCGCCCUGCUGGCCGCGGUGUGCGUGGCGAGCGCCUACGGGCCCAUCAAGGGCGGCAAGAAGCACCGCACCACGACCCCGUUCCCGCCGGAGCUGAGCCCGCUGCCCGCGGACAGCUUCAACAGCGUGCUGGGCGAGGCGCAGCCGUCCCCUGUGCCGUCGCAGUCCCCCGGCUCCUUCUGGUGGCAGGGCGACAACGCCUUCGCCGGCGCCGGGGGCGGCUCUCAGCCCCUGCAGCCCCAGCAGCCCCUGCAGCCCCAGCAGCCCCAGCAACCCCUGCCGGCCCUGCAGCCCCAGCAACCCCUGCAGCCCCUGCAGCCCCAGCAGCCCCUGGCGCCGCAGGGCAACCCCUUCCUGACCGGCCUGAAGCAACCCUGCACCGCCAGCAACCACCUGUGCGUGCCCAAGCAGCAGUGCCACGACGGGCUGAUCGUCGGCCAGAAGAAGCCGCUCCAAGCCACCGAGGGACAGUGCGAUGCUGCAACACAGAUAUGCUGUAAACUCGUAAUUUCAUCGCAGCCCGGAGUAGUGACAGGACAGUUUGGUCAACCUGGAAGUGUGGUUGUACAACCAGGACAGCAGACCAUCCCAUCUGGGAACACAGGACUCGUAUCUGGACAAAAUAUACCCGGAGGGACAAACCAGCAGGGACCAAAUUAUGGGGGUUUCAGUGGGAAACCAAACCAACCCGGAUUUGUUUCUUCAUCGCCGGCACAGCCAGGUCAGCCCGGCUUUGUUAAUGGUCCCAUUGAACAGUCUCAGCAACCUGGAGUCAAUUUUGGUCCAACUGUUCAGUCACAACCAGGACUUAUCCACGGAACUAAUGGACAACCUCAGCAAUCUGGAAUUAUUCAUGGUACAGCUGGCCAAACUCCGCAAACAGGCCUUGUUCAUAGUAUUUCUGGACAGCCUCAGCAAAAUGGACUCAUUACUGGUACUAGUGGUCAGUCUCAAACAUCAGGCCUUGUUUAUGAUGUUUCUGGAAAACCCCAGCAACCUGGAGUGAUUUAUAACACUAAUGGUAAUUCUCAACAGCCGGAGAGUAUAUAUGGAACAAGUGGGCAAGUCCAGCAACCUGGGUUGGUAUUCAAACCAAAUGCACCCCUGCAGCCUGGAAAUGCUGGAAAUCCUCAGUUCGUUAGCGGAAGUUCAAACACAAAUCAGUUUUACCAACCAUCACCUGGAAGCAAUGGAAUACCGAUUGGAGGGUCAAUUUUUGAUGCACCUGCAGUUACUCCUAACCCAAGUCAGAAACCAUACACAGGUCCUCUUAAUACAACACCCUACCCUGGGUGUGCUGCUGCUUUGAAGUGCGUCAAAGAAAGUUUCUGUACUGCAAAUGGUGUCAUGUCCAAUUUCCAAGUCAUCCUUACAAGAGAGCAGUUCGAAAACAAAGUGCCAUUGACUGAUUGCGUAGACCCUGAAACUGGAAUUGAAGGAAAGUGCUGCAGAGACCCUAACUACAAGGACCCAUGGCCAGCUGGUAUGAUGAUGCCCACCGGUCACAAUGAUGGCAGUCAUACACUUCCAGAUGAAUGUAAUCCUUUUGGAAAAUGCCUUCACUCGUACCAGUGUGGGGAACAAAACACUUUGAGACCUUUAAAGAACUGCCGAGUACCACUGGAUGGAGCUAGUGGCGUCUGCUGUUCAACUUCCCAAAAUACCAUCCAAACUGGCCAAUCAAUUCUGUCAACUGGAGCAUCAUCAAAUUCUCAAUCGUUGUCUGGUACUGCACAAACCCAGGUACCAAUAUUUUCUGGAGAACCAGGUGAUUCUCUUUCAAAGAAUCCUUUUAUAUCUCAGGCAGGAAUAAAUUCAGCACCCGAAUACAGACCAUCUACAUUCCCUUCUCAAACUCAAAAGCCAUUUCCAACAGGAGAAUCUGGUAACUCUCUUGCAAAUAAUCCUUUCAUCUCCCAGGGAACAUUAAAUUCAGCCCCUGGUUACAGACAGCCAAAUUUUCCUGGCCAACAACCACAAACCCAGUACCAACCACAAUCUCCUGGUCAAACUCAAACUGUCUUGCAGACAGGAAAUCAAAAUCAAGUACCUCAUUCAGAACCUGCGUCAAAACUUCAACCUCCAGUACAAAACAUCCCCAGUGUUCAGUCUCCAUCUCAACCAGGUUACCCGACCCAGCAACCAAUUAAUGAACCUUCUCAACUGCCAGGAUUUCCAACCCAACCAACUAAUGUACCAUUUUCUCAGACGACUCAACAAGUCAUACUCCCUGGAGCCCCGAUCCUGAACCCGACCCCCCAGCAAGCCACUAGCCCUACAUUGUCCCAGCCAGGCGUACCUGCAGCUACUGGACAACAGUCUGUGGUAGUCAUCCAGCCUCCUAGAACGUACCCAUCUCCUCCGCAGUCGACGUUUGUUCAACAGCCGACUCCUGGGACGAAAUGUGGUAUACACAGACAGGUAUCGCGAGAAGGACUUUCGAAGAAUGAUUGUGGUUUUGGGGAAUUUCCGUGGCACGCGCUGAUUGUAGACAACAACAACCAAAGUAAUCUUUGCAGUGGAGCGAUAGUUUCUCAGAAGGCUGUUGUAACUACGGCACACUGUGUGGACCAGCUGGAGGCGUCAGACCUGCUGGUGAAGGCGGGCGUGUGGCGGCUGAGCCAGCAGCACAGCCAGCCGCGAAGCGCGCAGACGGCCUCCGUGGCCGUGAAGGUGCUGCACCCCGAGUACGACCGCAACUCGCUGUUCAACGACAUGGCCGUGCUGGUCCUCGACGACGGCUUCGUGCCCGACCAGCACGUGGACAUCAUCUGCGUGCCCGAGGGCCCGGCGGCCGCGCCCGAGAACAUGUGCGUCGCGACCGGCUGGAGCAAGGGCGCGCUGCAGGGCUCGUCGCGGGACGACGUGCUGCACCAGGUGCCGGUGCAGUUCCUGGACGAAGACUCCUGCCAGACCAGCUUCCGCAGCACCUUCCUGGGCUCCUACUUCCAGCUGCACCGCAGCUUCCAGUGCGUGCUGCCCAUCUCCGGCGACGCGGACCUCUGCCAGGUGGGCGCGGGCGGGCCGGUGGCGUGCGAGCCGGGCGACGGCCGCCACGUGCUGCGCGGCCUGCACAGCUGGGACCUGGGCUGCGGCGCGGCGCGCUCCCCCCACGCGCUGGCGCGCGUCGACGCGCGGUGGCUGCGCGGUGUGCUCGACGCGCCGCUCGACGCGCUGCUGGCCGCGGAGCAGCGGCGCCGCGACCAGGCGAGCCAGCAGCUGGACGCGGCCGACGCGGCCGACAAGCCCGGCUUCGCGCAGGGCUACGGCCGCAAGUGAGCCUCGGGGAGGCGUCGCUUUGUGUCUGUUUCAAAUACGCCAGGGGUGCCCACAAGAGGGGGGUAACGACGCACACUGCGUCAUUAAAAUUUCAGGGUGUGUGUGUGUGUGUGUGUUAAAAGACGAGAAAAAAUGUAUAUAUUAUUUACAUACUUUAUAGCUACUAAAGUUAAAAUACGUUUCUGGUGCUUUGAUAGUUGAAAGGGAUCUUGCAAAUCAAAUUGGCAACCCCGCAACUUUCCUCAACAAAAGCAGUUUGCCAUCUUUCGGUUCAGGAUGGAAACAUUACCUGAUAUAUGACCAAAAUUGUUAUUAGAAAACCAGUUUUAAUUAAUGCAAAAUGUGACAAAAUAUAAUACUAAAACAGUAUAAUAUUAUAAAAUAAUUGAGUAAAUAAUUGAGAAAAUGGCAUAAACAAUUUCGGUGGGGUGGGGGUGGCUCAUCAUUAGGUUAGGGGGGGUGAGUCAUAGUGUUUGGGGGGGGGGGGCACCUCUGAAUACGCUGUGAAACGUCACCACUACAAAAUGUUUCACAGUAUUCCAAGUGAAACUUCAUUUCAAAAAUUCCGAUCGCAUGAGGGGAAUAGUUAGGUACGUGGUUGCGGGAACCGGUGGAGGAGGAGAGUGCGUCGGCGGCGACGCCACUCCAACGCAUGCUCUAGCGGUCGAAUGGGAAAACUGUGAGUAGCGGAGCAUUCCACGUGAAUUCUCGUAACGCUGCUUGCGUUUGUCCGCUCCUCGGUUUGUUUUCUUAUUUGAAAUCAUACACGCAGCCUUACUAUUCACAAUAGUUAUCUCUUGUUCAAUAAAAAAUUACCUACAUUCCAUUCCGUAACCCUUACAGAGAGUACUACAUAGUGAAGACCUUUCUGGCAAAUGACUUCUCACUGAGUGGAAGAUGUUAGUCUGCCAGCAUAACUUAGAAAGUAUUAUUUUUUUGCACCGAUGUGUACCACUGUUACUUAUUUCGACUACAAUUUUGUUUAAUUGUUCAUAACAUAUUUUAAUUAAUAAAUGUUUUUUUUCAAAACAAGUCUUUUAUUCUGAAUUAAUAACCUACCCAUCACUACAUGAGCUUGAUCGGACCAUCGCAAAUGAAACAAAUUCGAUUUACUUCUUCACCAGCGCGAAAUAAAAUGUGUUUACCUGUGUUGUUGCAUAUACUAUGGCGUCCCCCGUGCGCUGAAAAUACACACACUUGCAAAGAAACUGGUGAGCCUCUACGUGCAUUUUACUCUUGUCGUCUUCAUGCCAAAGCUUUUAGUAGUCAAACCAAUGUCGGCGUUACUUCAUAGUUCUUGAUAGUCGAAUGCACCUCUAGAAUUCGCUAGUUUCUUUACAAUGGCAUACAAGAGAAAUAAGGUUAUAAUUGUGAUAAAAUUUGGAAAAUUUUUAGCCCUAAUAAUGAUCUAAAAUAAAAUUAAACAAAAGUAAAAAAAUAGCAAGAGUAAUGAUUUUAGUUUUUAAAGAAGCACAUGGAACAAUAUUGAAGAAUGCAUUCCAAUUCAAGUGAACUUUUAUACGUGAUUAUUCUUUAUCAAAUUGCAUCAAAUAUUUUUCCUUGGCUAAUCUUCGUAAUAUACAUAUGCUUCAAGCAACUGGAUGAGCUUUAAGUCUGCCACGAUAAAUUUAAAUUAGAGUCCUUGUAUUUGGCCUGGAACCAAAACUCAAUUUUACUGUACUUUUAUGUCAACCGACACAUAAAUAAACUCUUUGAAAACAAUA